CCUGCGGAGGUACUCGCAGCCCAUCGACACCCUGACGGUGGUGGAGCAGAAGGAGGAAGGCGACGGCCGGGGCGAUGAAGAGAAGAGGAAGGAGGAGGAAGAAGAAGAGGAGCUGCUGUCCGCCCUGGCCGGCAGCGGCAUCAACACCGUGACGGUGGUGGAGCAGAAGGAGGAAGGCGGCGGCCGGGGCGAUGAAGAAAAGAGGAAGGAGGAGGAAGAAGAAGAGCUGCUGGCCGCCCUGGCCGGCAGCGGCAUCAACACCGUGACGGUGGAGGAGGAGAAGAAGAAGAAGAAGAAGGAGGAGGAGGACGAGGAGGAGGACGACGACGACGACGUGAUGGUGGUGGAGAUGAAGGAAGAGAAAGGGGAAGACGGCGACGACGUGAUGGUGGUGGAGAUGAAGGAAGAGAAAGGGGACGGCGGCGGCGGCGAUAACGAUGUGACGGCGCUGGAGGAGGAGGAGGAGGAGGGGAAGGGAGAAGAAGAUUAUAAAGAAGAAGACGAUGAAGGCGACGGCGAUGAAGAAGAAGAAGAAGAAGAAGAAACGCCGGGCGACACCGUGACGGUGGUGGAGAUAGAGGAAGAAGAAGAUGAUAAUGGAGGAGGAGAAGAAGAAGAAACGCCACCCGUCCUGGUCGAGAUGGUGGAAACCUACCCGACCGCCACUGACAUUUGGCUGAUCGACACCAGCAUCAUGCCAGAGAGACCUACGCCUCCUCAGCUGAUCGAGACCAAUUUGAGACAUAAGCUUCCUGAGUUUUUCAAAACAAGCAGCAUUGUGCGAGACAGACACAAGCCUCCUGACCUGAUAGACACCAAGCGUAACAGACACAAGCCUCCUGAGCUGAUCGAAACCAGUAUCGUACAGCCUCCUGAACAGAAGGUUCCUGAGCUGAUAGACACCAGCAUCACAUUUGAUAGCCCACAGCCUCCUGAGCUGAUCGAAACCAGUACGGUACAGUCUACUGUACAGAAGCCUCCUGAGCUGAUCGAAACCAGUACAAUGCAGUCUCCUGUACAGAAGGUUCCUGAGCUGAUAGACACCAGCAUCAAGCUUGACGAACCCAAGGUUCCUGAGCUGAUUGAAACCAAAAUCGUACAGUCUGCUGAACAGAAGCCUCCUGAGUUCUUCACCGAGCGUGACAGGACCACGUCUCCUAAGAUGAUCGAAACUAGUAUCGUACAGGAGAAAUUCAAGCCUCCUGAGCUGAUAGACACCAGCAUCAAGCUUGACAGACCCAAACCUCCUGAGUUGAUCGAAACCAGUAUCUUACAGUCUCCUGUACAGAAACCUCCUGAGCUGAUCAAAACCACUACGGUACAGUCUCCUGUACAGAAACCUCCUGAGCUGAUUGAAACCAAUAUUAUACAGCCUCCUGUUCAGAAGGUUCCUGAGCUGAUUAAGAUCGUGGGUGACAGACCCAUGUCUCCUAAGGUGAUCGAAACUAGCAUCGUACAGAAGAGUUCCAAGCCUCCUGAGCUGAUAAACACCAGCACCAAGCCUCCUGAGCUGAUCGAAACCAGUACGGUACAGUCUCCUGUACAGAAGCCUUCUGAGCUGAUUAAUAUCGUGCGUGGCAGGCCCAUGUCUUCUAGGAUGAUCGGAACUAGCAUCGAACAGGAGACACCCAAACCUCUUGAGCUGAUUGAAAGCAGUAUCGUACAGUCUCCUGUACAGAAGCCUCCUAAGCUAAUUAACAUUGUGAGUGGCAAGCCCCUGUUUCCUAAGAUGAUCGGAACUAGCAACGUACAGGAGACACCCAAGCCUCCUGAGCUGAUCAAGACCAGUAUCAUGCCUCCCACCAAUGUCCAACUGGUACAGGAGGUCACCUGGCCACCCCCACCCCCGCAGGUGAUAGUCAGCCAAGUGGAAAUCGAGCGUCCGACCCUCAUGUUGAGAGAAAUGUAUUUCCUCCAGCCCGUGGAUCACUUCACUUUCACCAGCAAUAACAGAACUUUCCUUCAGCGCUAUCUCUUUACUGACCAGUUUGGGGACUCAGGCAAUGGACCAAUAUUCUUCUAUACUGGAAAUGAAGGGGAUAUCUGGAACUUUGCCAACAACAGCGGGUUCAUCAUUGAACAGGCAGCAGAGCAGAAUGCUUUGGUGGUUUUUGCUGAACAUCGAUACUAUGGGAAAUCCCUUCCAUUCGGUACUAAAUCAUUCGAGAAGUCAAACAUUGUGUUCCUAUCCGUGGAGCAAGCCUUAGCAGAUUUUGUGGUUCUUCUUACAAAGCUAAAAACAGUACUUGAUGCUGAAGACAGUCCUGUGAUUGCAUUUGGUGGCAGCUAUGGCGGAAUGUUAAGUGCCUAUAUGAGAAUGAAAUAUCCCAAUAUUGUAUUGGGAGCCCUAGCUUCAAGUGCACCUAUCUUCUCCACAGCAGGCAUUGGCAGUUCAGCUCAGUUUUUCCGUGAUGUAACUAAAGAAUUUGAACGUUGCAACUCUGACUGUCCUCAGCAAAUCCGGGAAGCUUUUCAGGCACUUGAAGCCUUGGGGCAACAAGAAGAAUGGAAUGAGAUCACAAACAAAAUGCAUCUGUGUGAAGCAGUAAUGUCUCUAAAAGAUAUUGAACGACUUUAUGGAUGGGCAAGAAAUGGAUUUACAGUUAUAGCGAUGUACAACUAUCCUUACCAGAUGAAUACACCAAGAAGUUUACCUGAAAAUCCAGUGAAUAUUGUCUGCCGUAUUAUUGAAUUAAUUCCUGAUCCUAUCGAAGCCUUACGAGCAGGUUUAGAAAUCUAUUACAAUAUUUCUGGGGAUUUAAGGUGUUUCGAUAUCUAUACGCAGUUUAUGCCCUGUGCUGAUCCAACUGGCUGUGCCCUGGGUUCAGAAGGUCAGGCGUGGGAUUUUCAGGCUUGCACUGAAAUCAACUUACUGUAUGAAAGUAAUGGUCUCACAGACAUGUUCCCUGCCAUGCCCUUCACUGAGACCAUGAGAGAGGAAUAUUGCCACAGAAAAUGGGGUGUGAGACCAAGCCAAGAUUGGUUAAAACUACAAUACUGGGGAAAUGAUUUGACUACUGCAAGCAAUAUAAUAUUUUCCAAUGGCAUCUUGGAUCCAUGGGCAAAUGGUGGUGUACUCAAAAACGUGAGUUCCUCGGUGAUUGCUCUCAUCAUCGAUGGAGCAGCACACCAUCUGGAUCUGAGAGGUUCUCAUCCUCGUGAUCCAGCAGCUGUUACGUUAGCUCGUAAGGUCGAAUCUUUGAUAAUUAAGACAUGGGUGAAAAAACAUCAGCUUUACAUCACUCACGUUUAUUCUAAACGAGUGAUAACUUGACCCAACCUAUAAAUGUAUUUAUAGGUUCCUGUUAGAACUAAUUCUGAGUAAUUAAAGCCUUUUGAGAUUUGAAAUUGAAUGUAAUGAUGGAGGUUUUAUUUUUUGUUAACGUACUCAUCUCAGGGUAAAACCAGGUAAAAUUAAUGCAAUGUUAUUUUAAGACAAACUAUUCAGGAGUAUGAUGUGAAAUAAAAUUGUUUGAUGGAAGACA